AUGGCUGAUAGACGUCGCACGAACGCCCCGGCCGGCGGCACCUAUGCCCCGGUCUUUGCAUCCACCCUGCCCGACUAUGAAGACUCCGCGCCAACUCGGCCAUCACGCACGAGGAGCCCCGACGAGCUGCGCAAAAUAUUCCUGAAGACCGGCCUCACCCCUUCCGCCUCCGGCUCCGCCUAUCUCGAACUCACGCCCGCGACUACCACAUCCGCUACCACCACCAUCGCCGCCAAGCCCACGAAAGCCAGUCUCGCCUUCCAGACCGGCAGCCUGAAGCUGUCAUGCGUGGUGCAAGGGCCUAAGCCGCUGCCGCGCUCCUCGCCCUUCACGCCCUACCUCAACCUGACGACGACGCUCAAGUUCGCGCCGUUCGCGGCGCGGCAGCGCCGGGGCUACGUGCGCGACGCGGGCGAGCGCGACCUGGGCCAGCACCUGGAGGCGGCCCUGCGCGGCAUCGUCAUCGGCGAGCGCUGGCCCAAGAGCGGCGUCGACGUCAUCAUCACCGUGCUCGAGGGCGAGGAGGACGGCUGGGCCGGCGACGAGCUGGGCCUGGACGGCGGUGCUGGCAAGGGCAGCGUCGGCAUGGGCUGGGGCAUGAUGAACGUGCUGGCCGGCUGCAUAACGGUGGCGAGCGCCGCCAUCGCGGAUGCGGGCAUCGACUGCGUCGACAUGGUUGCCGGUGGAGUUGCGGCAUUGGUGAGGAACGCAGAGGGCAAGGAAGAGCUGGUCUUGGACCCGAGCCCGCCUGAACACAAGGAUCUGGUAGCCGCUUGCGUUGUGGGAUACCUGCCUGGAAGGGAUGAGAUAACGGAGCUGUGGAUGAAGGGAGAUGCGGGAGACCGCGCUGAGGAUCUUGUGGAGAGGUCCGUUCAGGCUGCUCUGGCAUCGAGAUUGGUCCUGGAAGAAGCUGUCAAAGAGUCGGCGGCUCUCAAAUUCCCUCAAUUCGCCGACCAGCUGCUGAAGGCCGGAAACAAUGAUGUUGAGAUGGCUGGCUGA